AUGAAGGAGGCUGUCACCAUCUUCAAUUUUUUGAAACGUACGGUGACUCGCCUGUGGGCUGCAACCAAGAAACAACAAGAUAAAGGUGAGCAAAUUUAUUUAACAAGUGCAAAACCUAAUGCACCUAGAAGGAAAAGAGUUCAUGUAGACAUAGAGCUCAUUCAAAGCUUAGAGCUACACAAACGUUCGACAAUACGCAGGUUGGCCGUGGGAAUUAAUCGCAGCAAAAAUACAGUUUGGCUUUGGGUGAAUCAAGGGCUGAUCAGAGCCUACACAAGCGCUAUUAAACCUGAUUUGACAACUUCUAAUAAAUUGCUUCGACUACAGUUUUCACUAGAAACAUUGGAGUUUGAUCGAAUCAUGAUGGCUUUAAAGUUUAAGGCUAUGAACAACACAGUGCACAUUGACGAGAAAUGGUUCUACAUAACAAAGGCUGCACACAGGUUUUACCUAACACCCGGUGAAGGAGAUCCUCACCGCAUAUGCAAGAGUAAGAGCUUCAUUGAAAAAGUUAUAUUUUUGUGUGCCGUUUACAGGCCACAUUUUUCAGACAAUGGUGAAGUGCUUUUUGAUGGGAAGAUUGGUAUCUUCCCAUUCAUACAGCAGAUACCAACUCAAAGAAAUAGUAAAAAUAGGCUUUCGGAGACUUUAGAGAGGAAGACAAUUCAGUCCGUGACAAAAGAAGUCAUGAAAGACUCUUUCAUUAAUAAGGCAAAACAGAUUCUGCCGGCUAUAAGAGCCAAGUGGCCUCGAAAUGCAUCAAAGGACACAUACCCUGAGUUUAGGGUUGCUGCCACUUUGGAUGGGUUUGACGUACGAAUAGUUCAUCAACCCCCAAAUUCACUCGACACAAAUGUGAAUGAUUUGGGAUGGUUUCGAGCUAUUCAAAGUAUUCAAAUAGAAUUUGCAUGCUACAAUGUUGACCAAUUGGUAAAUGCAGUCGAGGAAUCAUAUGCACAAUUCUCUCUUCACACUCUCAACAAGGUUUUUUUGAGUUUACAAGCUUGUACGGUGGAAAUCAUGAAGCAAAUGAGUCACAAUGCAUACAAGAUCUCUCAUUCGAAAAAUGAUGCACUUAUGAGGGUUAAUGAGCUUCCUACGGACUUACAUGUUCCACUAGAGUUAGUGGAAGAGUGUUUCUCUUAUAUGAAUGAGAAUGCACCAAUGCAUCUAGUUGAAGGGUUGAUGGCUAAGAUGGGAUAUCCACAUCAAGCAGGGCUCGCAAAUCAGUUUUUACAGUUAGGAAUUUAG